AACCCUUUACCUCUUCCUUUCCAGUUUCACUCUGCAAAACCUCUAAAACCUUUCCCCCAAAAUCACAGAGGAAAAAAAAUAUUUUUUUCAUCAAUGGAUUCAACUUUGAUCAUGGCAUCAUCAUCACCAUCUUCCUUCCUUCACCAUAAUCUAACCUCAAAGUUGUAUCAACCCGUUUUCAAUUUCAAACACUCUUCUUUUAGGCCUCUGAACAGUAGAAACUUCACCAUUAUCAAAGCUUCUUCAGAUUGUAGUUCAAGUUCAAAUCCUAGUUCUAAUCCCUCCAAUCCAGAUCCUUUAAUUUCCAGUCUGAAAACGACCACUGCAGCCAUAGUUUUUGCCGCCGCAGUUUUUGGAAAGUUCCACCAGUUGCCGGCCAGGGCCAGCCCUCCAUCACCACCACCAACUCUUGAAAAACAAGAGGAGAUAUUGGAAGAAGAAACCCAUAAGGGAAGAUUUGAAGAAGAUCAAGAAAAUUCCCCGUUGACCCAGUUUUUGGAAUCCAAUUCUGAGGCUGUUGAGGCCUUGAAAAGCUUGCUCCAGCAGAAACUCGAGGUGGGCGAGGAUGAGGAGGGGUUGAAGAUAUUGAGGAAGUUAAGCUCAGCACAGCCGGAGAAUACAGAGUGGAAGUUUUUGAUGGCUAGGCUGUUGAAUGAAAUGGGGAAAACUCAAGAAUCAAGAGAGGUUUUUGAAGAGAUUUUAGUGAGAAACCCAUUGUUGUUUGAGGCAUUGUUUGAAAAUGCGUUGUUGAUGGACAGGUGUGGAGAAGGGGCCGCGGUUUUGAGGAGAUUAGAGGAGGCAUUGAAGAUAGCUGAGGAGGAGAAGAAGGUGAAAGAGGCUAGAGAUGUGAGGUUUAUAAUGGCACAAGUACAGUUCUUGCAGAAGAAUGUGGAGGAAGCAUUACAGAGCUACGAGGAGCUUGAGAAGGAGGACCCUACAGAUUUUAGGCCUUACUUUUGUAAAGGGAUGAUUUAUAGUUUGCUGGAUAGGAAUAAAGAAGCUAGAGAACAAUUUGCCAAGUAUCGCGAGCUUUCACCUAAGAAAUUCGAGGUUGAAGGCUACUUGAGGACUCCAUUAUCAAGGAUGAAGCUUUUUGGAACUGAUGAGAACGAGAAUUGAGUUUUUGGCUUCUGAUUCAGAGUUUUGAUGGAUUGGUUGUAUGUUCUGUUCUCUGCCAACUUGGAGGCCAGAAACUCAUCGGGCAGCGUGAGUUUUUUUUUUUGAAGUUCAUGACGAAAUUUAGCGAAUUUGGUCGCUUAACUGUAAGCUAGAGAUGCUUUUGAUGAGAUGAAUAAUGGAUACAGUCUUUGUAGUUUAUAUGAAAUAAGUAACAUAAGAAUCAGUUCUUUACUUUGAUUUGCUGUCCAUCCUAUUGUGCUUAGAAUUGAUGAUUAGAUCAACACAGCUGACAGAAUUGACCUCGAUGACUUGCUUCCUGCUUUGUGUCAUCUAUUGAUUUCUCAUGUUUUGUUAAAAUUGGUAUGCUGCGGCCUAAUUAGUUCAGACCCGUGGUCUCAGUUGAGAAAUUGAAAGUUUGUACAUUUGGUGGAUAAUUUAGAUUCAGAAUUGCUUCCUGCUCUGUCUCAUCUAUUGAUUUGUCAUGCUUUGUUAAAGUUGAUAUGCUGGGGUCUAAUUAGUUCAGACCCGUGGUCUCAAUUGAGUAAUUGGAAGUUGUACAUUUGGUGAAUAAUUUAGAUUCUAAGUAUUCAAAGCAAGCACUACAUUCUGUGCAAAAGUUUACAUUUUUAGAGAUGAUCCCGCUUUUCUAUCUCUGUUGGUUUUAGUGAAAAUUGAUCCUGCAAAGGGUUCUAAGAAACAUUAGAUCCAAUCUGCUUACUCAUUUAAUCGUUUAUAAGUGACAUUACAAUUUGCCUUGUAUAUUUUCCAGAAA